CUCCCUGGUCCCGCUGCCCGGUCCCCGCUCCUGCAUCAGCAGGUCCCAGGAGCUCUGCACCCGCCAGGGCAGGGCGGGAGGCGCUCAGGAGCGCAGACCUGGGUGCACAGAGCUCGGGUGGUGUGGGUGAAGGACAGGGGCGGGUCUUUUGUGCUGCUCUCUGCGGUGCUGGGGGUGGACCCCAAGGUCGUGCACAGGCUGGGCCAGUGCUGACCUCCAAGCCACCGGCCCAGCCUGGGACCAAGGUCCCGCCUCAGCCAGGGUCCACCGGAGCCCUGGAUCUGCCGGCCGCCGUGGUUCUCCCCUGGCGCCUCGUCUCCCUCUCCCCCUUGGGGGGCGCUGGUCCCGCUGAGGUCCACCCAGAGCACAGCAGCCCAGGGCGCCAGCGCCCGGUGCCCAUGCUCGGACCUGCCCCUCUGUCUCUGGAGCAAGUCCUGCUUCAACGUCCCCGGCCGGUUCUCUCCUCCCGACAGUGGGUCCUGGGAGUGACCCGAGGACUCGGUUGCCCCCACCCAGCGGCCUGGCACCCCACUCGGGGCUGCAGAGCUCCGGCCGCUCCUGGUCUGCACGUGGGGCUGCUCUCCCACGUGCGUUUGCGUGUUGGGGUGCUGGGGGGCAGCAGGACCCGGCUGAGCGCACGCGCCCCGCCCACGGCACCCGCAUGCAUCGCGCGCCUGCGAAGGGCCUGCGGAGGCUGGGUGUUGUCCGUGCUUGGGGUGCGUUUCUAGAGGGGUCAUCCUGGAUCUCACAAGGCCUGGCGCAGGCCAGCACUGCCCCAGAGGUGGGACUCUGCUGCUGAAGGUCCCGCUGACCAGGGACAGCACUGCACUCCCCGCCAUGGCUGUCCCAGCCUGUGUCUGGGCCCAGCUGAACCCAGGCUCAGUUAUGGGAGGGACUCAGCCAGACCUGGGGGUCAGCUUGGGGUCAGCCCAGGGUCAGGGGUCUGUGUCGGGCAUGCUUGAGGCACAGGUCAGCCUGGCUGCCCUGGGACCAGGGCUCAGCUAGCAUGGGGCUCAGCCCCUGGCUCAGGGCUCAGUGGCAUGGACUCAGUCCAGGGUCAGGGCUCAGCUCUGCACUGAGCCCUGGGCCAGGUCUGUGCUCGGCUCAGACAGGGCUCAGCCCAGGACCCGGGUCUGACGGGAGCAGCGGGGCUCAACUUCGGAUCAGCCUCCGUGUGGGCCCUGCCUGGGCCUCUGGCCGCCACCCCCUGCCCAGCCUCCCCACCCCCACACGCCCUCCUGCCACCUUUCCGCCUGGUCACCUCCCAUGACGAGAAGCUGGCUCCUCCCCAGGCCCUGCCCGGCUUCCCUGCGGCUACCCACCCCCAGCGCUGACGGUAAGUGGAGGGGCUGGGGGGCCGGGCUCCCCUCUGCCCUCCCAGGGGUGCUUGGCUCCUGUGGGCAUGCCUGCCCUUCAAGGCACACCUGGCCCCUGGUGGGACCCUGGCUGGCAGAGCUGGUGUGGCCAUCCCUGCUUGUGGUCAAGGGUACCACUGUCAGGAAGGCUGAUGACCCCAUGGGCCCGGGUGGGGGAUAGGUGGGCCUGGCCACGGGGUGCCGCAGGGUGAGUACGGGGCCCGGCAGAUGCAGCAGUGAAGCCCGGGAAGGGUGCUGCCCGGGACUGCCCGGCUGCACCGGCGUCCCCGUCCCUGCUGCCCGUGUGCCGGGUCCGCCUCAGGAGCUCCCUCCAGAUGCUGGCUCAGUUUCCCUCUCUAGUCAGGCGCGGCCCUGAAGCAGCCACAUGGGGCGAGUCAGCGACCUCAGUCGGCGCCCUGGGUGUGCACUGACCAACACUUAUUAAGUCCCUGCUGUGUGCAGGCGUGACUGAGGCAGCUGGGGGAGGUGGUGGGGGUGCUCCUGGGGACCAGAGGCGUCUCCCAGGGAGGGUGUGCGAGGACCAGCGGGGGCGGCAGGGGCAGGGUGGGGGUACUGCAGAGGACGCCCCAGAGGCCUCGAGUCCAGCCAGAGCCGCCAACCGUUGGGAUGCCCCUCCCUGCCCUUGGCCUCACCCCCACCCUGGGGGUACCUUGAGCAUAACAGGAAAUUUCAAAUAACAGGAAACCGAGGCCAGGGAGGCGGGAGGCUCCACCCUGCCUGGGCCUCAGUCUGCCCCCAGGGAGGCCAUGAACACCACGGGGGCCCUGCCGGUGGCCCUGGAGGCCUGCCACCAGCUGGCGGCCGGGGGGCACAGCCGGCUCCUCGUCCUGCACUACAACCACUCUGGCCGGCUGGCGGGGCGCGGGCCGGAGGACGGCGGCCUGGGGGCCCUGCGGGGACUCUCGGUGGCGGCCGGCUGCCUGGUGGCGCUGGAGAACCUGCUGGUGCUGCUGGCCAUCGCCACGCACAUGCGCUCGCGGCGCUGGGUCUACUACUGCCUGGUCAACAUCACGCUGAGCGACCUGCUGACCGGCCUGGCCUACCUGGCCAACGUGCUGCUGUCGGGGCCCCGCACCUUCCAGCUGGCCCCCGCGCACUGGUUCCUGCGCGAGGGGCUCCUCUUCGCGGCCCUGGCCGCGUCCACCUUCAGCCUGCUCUUCACCGCGGCCGAGCGCUUCGCCACCAUGGUGCGGCCGGUGGCCGAGAGCGGGGCCACCAAGACGGGCCGCGUCUGCGGCCUCAUGGGCCUGUGCUGGCUGCUGGCCCUGCUGCUGGGGCUGCUGCCCCUGCUGGGCUGGAACUGCGUGUGCGCCUUCGGCCGCUGCUCCAGCCUGCUGCCGCUCUACUCCAAGGACUACGUGCUCUUCUGCGUGCUGGUCUUCGCCGGCAUCCUGGCCGCCAUCCUGGCCCUCUAUGGGGCCAUCUUCCGGGUGGUGCGGGCCAACGGCCAGAAGGCCCUGCGCGCCCCGGCCCGCCGCAAGGCCCGCCGGCUGCUGAAGACGGUCCUCAUGAUCCUGGUGGCCUUCGUGGUGUGCUGGGGGCCGCUCUUCGGGCUGCUGCUGGCCGACACCUUCGGGUCGGACGUCUGGGCCCAGGAGUACCUGCGGGGCAUGGACUGGAUCCUGGCCCUGGCCGUGCUCAACUCGGCCGUCAACCCCCUCAUCUACUCCUUCCGCAGCCGCGAGGUGUGCCGGGCUGUGCUUGCCUUCCUCUGCUGCGGGUGCCUCCGGCUCGGCCUGCGAGGCCCCAGGGACUGCCUGGCCCUGGCCGCCGAGGCCCACUCGGGAGCGUCCACCACUGACAGCUCGCUGAGGCCCAGGGACAGCUUCCGGGGCUCCCGGUCGCUCAGCUUCAGGAUGCGGGAGCCCCUGUCCAGCAUCUCCAGUGUGCGGAGCCUCUGAGGCUGCGGCCGACGGACAUCCCGAGUGGGGACACGCACCCUGCAAGGCCCUCCUGCAGAGCCCAGGGCCUGCUGAAGCCCCUGGUGCCUCGGACAGGGAGGCCACUGGCCACCACGGAGAGUGCCUGCAGCCGGGCGGCCGGAGGACCAGGCCCAGCUCCUGUGGGGUUCUGGGAGGCCCGACCCCUCCCUGGGCCUCCGUGGAGCUGCAGGUGGCGAGGCCGGGCUGUGGUGAUGUGCCCAACGUCACAGAGGAGCCUGCGUGUGUGUGGGUGACCGGGGGCUGCGGGCUGCUGGUCCUGUGCAGGGCCGGGUCCGUGCAGACAGGGCCGCACGUGUGUGGGAGCACGGUGGUGACGGGGUGUCUGCAGGAGUGGAUUCCCCGAGCGCGUGUGUAGCGAUGCCUCCGCGCAUCCCGAGGACAGCGGGCAGGGGGACGCUUACCUUCACCUCCUCGGUCUCUUCCCCUUGGGGGACAGUCUCCUUCCCCAGCUCUGCCUCUGCAUCUUUUGGGGUCCCCCAGCUGGGGGCCAGCAGGGAGGACGAGGCCCAGUCCCUUGGUCUGGCGUUUCUUCCUGCUCUCGCCGCCUUGGCCUCCCCCACUGUGAACCCAACUCGUCCGGGCACCCAGGGUGACAGGCAGGUGCUGGCCGGGGCACCUGCACCCAGAGGACCGUCCGUGAUGGUGGCUGGGCCGUGCCCCGGGGUGCAGCUGCGGGUGGUGCAGAGCAGAGCUUCCCAGCCGUGUGCUUGGCUGAGUUCCUUCACAUUAAAUGGCAGCACAGCUGGUGCCUAACACCAGCAGCAGGUGAAGCCCCGGAAGGUGGCCCCGUGUUGGGCAGGAAACUGCACUUUCCUGGCACGUGGGCCCGAGCCCGGGAGCAUCCUCCGGGCCAGCCCAGAGCUCAGGAGAGGGCCUUGGGACGCGCCCUGCAGAUGCCGGGGCACUGGCAGCUGUUUCUCUGCUGCAGCACGGGGGACGGGGUGACGGGCGGCUGGUCCCCACACUGCCCUGCGCCGUAGCCACUAGCCGUGUGUGGCUGUGCAGAACUCAUUAAAGUCACUGAA